CGAUUUGGCGCUUGAGUGUCCCCGGUUUACUGUAUGCUCCAAACUAGCUGUGGUUAUAUAGACACGUUACUUUAGCAUUUGACUGGUUUUACAUAUACAUAUACCCCUAUGCUGUUAAUGGAAAAUCAUGUCUGAGGAAGAAAAUAAGGUUUCCGAUGCACUUUUCAAAGAUGUCAAAUUCUACGUGGUAGGGGACAUUGACUAUAAGGUGGUGCAUUUGCUGAAAGCAGGGAAAGGGAAGGAGGUGUCCUACAAUGCUCUGGCCACUCAUAUCAUUGCAGAGGAUGGGGACAAUCCAGAGGUGGGCGAAUCAAGAGAGGUUUUUGACCUGCCUGUUGUCAAGCCGUCCUGGGUGAUCCUCUCUGUCAGAUGUGGAGACCUUUUACCAGUUAAUGGAUUCUCCCCAGAAUCAGGACAGAUAUUCUUUGGUGUGACAGCUUGUCUUCCCAGGCUUCCAGGUGAUCUCAAUGCUUUGUGGUCUUACAUAACCUUCUAUGGAGGGGAAUGUCAGCUUAACCUAAACAGAAAGGUUACCCACUUAGUAGUGAAGGAACCUGUGGGGGCCAAGUUUGAGUGUGCUCUGAAGCACCCUAGCAUCAAGAUUGUCACAGUUGACUGGAUAACAGAUUCUGUUAAAGAUAAAAGCAGGAAGGAUGAGCAACUCUAUCAUCCCAGACUCACAUAUAUGGAGCCUGAAGAAGAGGAAGACAGCGAAGGAGAGUCAUAUGACCAGCGUUCCCAUUCAGAUGGAAGCUACAGCCCCCAUCGAUCACAGCUGUUCAGUGAUGGCUCAUCUGGUGAGGAGUCCAGCCCUCGCAGGCGUCCAGGACCCAAAAAACUUAACUCUGUCUCCCCAACCUCCCCCCGCAAACCUGAGCACAACAGUGAGCGAAUGUUCGACGACUCUGACGAUGAUUCCUCCACAGAGAAGGAGGGCACCAACCUUAACUGGACACCAGCUGAAGUCGCCACACCACCCCAUCCUAUUCCAAGUGGCACAACCAGACAGCGGGGUGGGCCACCUGGCAACAAAGACCCAGUGUCAUCUACAGGCAGUGGGCUGAUCAACCUGUGUGCUACUGUGCCUCCUGUACCUGGCAGUGGAGGAGCUAUGCCUGCAGAGGUUUGCUCAGCCACUGCCAUUAGUCACACUACACAGCCAGGUGUAUCAGUUCCUGAAAGUAUCCCUGGGUGGAGCCCAGCUGCAAGAACCCUCCGCAACAUCACCAACAACUCCGACAUGCAGCCAGCCAAUCAAUCUGCCAACGUAGCACAUAUAAUUCAGAAUCUCACAGCCAAUCAGACAAAGCCAAUCGAACAUCAGACCUGUCAGAGCCAUGCUCAGACCCCUAACAGCGCCAACCCUCUUCUGUUCAAUCAGUCCAAACUAGUUGGCCAGCCCCUCACAUCAGAGCAACAGCAACAGUUACUGCAGCAGCAACAGACACACCAGACUGCCCAGCAACAACACCAACAGUUACCACCGCAGCCGCAGCAUCCCAUGAUGCACCUCCAACAGCAGCAUCAGAUGAUCCAGCUUCAUCACCAACAGCAACAGACACAGGUUUCACAACAACAAGGGUUCCCACAGUUGCCCCAGCAACAGCAACAUUUUCUGCAGCAACAGCAGCAAAUACACCAACAGCACAUGUUUUCACAGCAGCAGCCCCAGCAGCAGCAGCAUGCAUUCUCCCAGCAGCAGCUGCGGCCCCAACAGCUCCUACGGCCUGGUUUACAACAGCUGCAACAGCAGCAGGUACUGCAGCAACAGCUCCAGCAGUUCCAACAGCAGCAACGCAUGCAGAUGUUACAACAACAGCAGCAACAGCAAAAUCAACAGCACUUACAUCUACAGCAGCAACAGCAGCAUUUCCUUCAACAACAGCAGCACAUGCAGCACAUGCAGCAGCAGCAGCAGCAGCAGCACCUGCUAAAUCAGCAACAGCAAGUUCUGCAGCAUCAGAACCAACAGGCCCUGCAGCAGCAGAACCAGCAGACAACAAUGCAGCCUCACCUUCAGCAACCUCCUCACAUCUCCCCGCUGUUUGGACAUGAGCCAGGACAAGACAUUCCACAGGAUGGCUUCCUUCUGGGCUGUGUGUUUGCUAUUGCUGACUACCCAGAACAGAUGACUGACAAACAACUCCUGGCUACCUGGAAGAGGGUCAUCCAGGCAUGUGGAGGUGCUGUUGAUCCCACUCUGAGCAGCCGCUGCACACAUCUCCUAUGUGAGAGUCAAGUCAGCAACAUGUAUGUACAGGCACUCCGAGAGGGGAAGCGCUGUGUUACAGCCCACUGGCUCAACACUGUACUGAAGAAGAAGAGGAUGGUUCCUCCAUUUCGAACGUUACAUCUGCCCUUCGCCUUCCCUCCUGGAGCAAAACCUUGCUCUCAGCAUAUUAUAUCAGUGACAGGUUUUGUGGAUGCAGACAGGGAUGACCUGAAGUUGAUGGCCUACCUGGCAGGGGCCAGAUACACUGGAUAUCUGUGUCGCAGUAACACCGUCCUCAUCUGUAAAGAACCCAGUGGGCUUAAAUAUGAGAAGGCCAAGGAGUGGAAGAUUCCAUGUGUGAAUGCCCAGUGGCUGUGUGAUAUAUUGCUUGGCAAUUUUGAAGCACUGAGACAGAUUCAGCACAGCAGAUACUCAAUAUACACACACCCUGAACCACUUGUGCCUAAUCCACAGCUGGUCCAGAACCUGUUGGCCUCUUGGAGAAUACCCAUCAAAGUAUCUCCUGAAGCUUUGGCGAGUCUCCAGCUGCUCCAGAAGCAGAAAAUGACCGACUGCACCAACCAGCCUGCAAACAAGAAGGCCAGACUAGAGGAGAUCCAGUCCCCUAGUAAGAAGCUUCCACCAGAAUCAACUCCCAGAGUCAUGUUCACAGGCUUUGAGCCCACACAAGUACAGCAGUACACAAAGAGGUUACAUGCUUUAGGUGGCGAAGUAGCAGACAGCAGUCAGAAAGUCACUCACCUCGUGGCCAGUAAAGUGACCCGCACCAUCAAAUUCCUCACUGCCAUGUCUGUGGUCAAACACAUUGUCAGCCCAGAGUGGCUGGAGGAGAGCUGGAGGAACCAGAUGUUUAUAGAUGAGCAGAGUUAUACUCUGAGGGAUGCAGAGGCAGAGGUGUUGUUUGGCUUCAGUCUGGAGGAGUCAUUAAAGAGAGCUAACAAUGCACCACUUUUCAAGGGAAAGUACUUCUACAUCACCCCAGGGAUUUGCCCCAGCCUUAGCACCAUGAAAUCCAUCCUGGAGAGUGCUGGGGGAAAGCUGCUGGCCAAACAACCCUCCUACAGAAAGAUCAUUGAGCAUAAACAGAACAAGAACCUUCCAGAGAUAAUUUUAAUUUCCUGUGACAACGACCUUCACCUCUGUAGAGAAUACUUCUUGAAAAACAUCGAUGUCCACAAUGCAGAGUUCAUCUUGACAGGAGUUCUCACCCAGAAACUCAACUAUGAGUCCUAUAAGUUCACUUGAUGGUGUAACAAUAAUAACAUCAGGAAGGACAAGAAGAUGAGGAGGAACAGAUCAGGAUGCCACCUGUGUACAGUUCUGCGACACUGACUUUUCUAUGUUUCUAUUUCUGUGCAUAUAUCUCGACAUGUUUUGUAGCUUUUUGUUAACUGGUUGAGAAGAAAUACAUGGUUAUUUUUGUGAAAUGAAUGUUUAAAUUAUGGGGGAUUUUAACUUUUUUCAAAUAAAAUGUGUAAAGGCUUUAGCUCAUACAGAUUUGUUUUUCAAAUUAAAAUUGUACAUUUGUGAA